AUGAUGAUGACGAGCUCAUCGGUUUUAAAAUUCGAAUUGAUACAAUCUCUUGUAGAUCACCAAUUUUGGUAUGAUUUGGAAAACAAAAAAUUAUUGGAAUAUCGUUUAGAUAUUCAACCAAAGCCAAUCUUUGCAAUCUAUACCACCGGAAGAGUAUUUAAUUCUCAAGUUUUGAAUGCUAUCCAACAACAACACCACCAUCAUGGAUCUUCAUCUCAAGAACAAUCGAAUGCAGCUCUGAGUUCUAAAUGGAGAUUGGGAGAGAACGCUUUUGUAUCAUCUAAUUGUGCUUCAAAUCCUUACAUGUUUCAAUCACCUGGUACUCUCUACAAUGCAAACACUAUCGAGGAAUUUAAUAAUUAUGAUAAGAAAGCAAUGUUGAGAAAAAUAGGAAUUGAAACAAUUUAUGAAAAUCAUAUUAAGAACAGUCAUUGGCUAUUGAAUCCAACUGAAUUGACCCAUUUCUUAUUGAUCACUUUUGCGGACUUGAAACAUCAUAGUUUUUAUUAUUGGUUUGCAUUUCCAUCCUUGUCCUUUCCUGACAUGGAAAUUAUUUAUGACAACCAGGUAACUCCAUUAAGUGAAAAAGAUCAAGAUGCUUUACAAAUUGCAAUGAGUGAAUACAGAAGUAUUUACAAUAAGAAUCAACACGGUUUUUAUUUUGUCGAAAAGACAAAUGAUGUUAAAGUAAGACCAUUAAGUGAUUGGAAGGAAAUUAAUUUUGAUCAUACUUAUUUGGGAUUUUCUGAUCCGAGUGCUUUGAAAGAGUAUCCAAGUUGGGUUUUAAGGAAUUAUCUAUUGGCUGCUGCAUUGACAUUUAAUAGAAAGACCUUCAAAGUUUUGUGUUUCAGAGAAGAUCCAUCAAGAAAGGACAUUAGUGCAAGUAUUACAUUGAAUGUUGAAUUGAAGUACAAUCAUGACGAACAAGUUUCAUCAUCUUCUCUCAGCGUUGUUGGAUGGGAAAAGAAUGCAAAAAACAAACUCGGUCCAAGAUUUGUGAACAUGGGAAGCACGAUGGAUCCCAUCAAAUUGGCAGAGAGUUCUGUUACCUUAAAUCUUCAACUCAUGAAAUGGAGAAUGUUUCCUUCUCUCGAUUUAGACAUGCUUUCAAAAACGAAAUGUUUACUGAUUGGAAGUGGAACUCUUGGAUGUCAUGUUGCUCGUAACUUGAUGGCAUGGGGUAUUUUCAAUAUUACAUUUUUAGAUCGAACCAAAGUGAGUUUUAGCAAUCCUGUAAGACAGCCUCUGUUUGAAUAUGAAGAUUGUCUUGAUGGUGGAAAAGAUAAGGCCAUUUGUGCAGCUGAACAUUUACGAAAGAUUUAUCCGAAUGUGAAUACGAGAGGUGUCAGCUUGGAUAUUCCAAUGCCAGGUCAUUUUGUGACUGAUUCAGAGAAAACACGAACCAAUGUGGAACAACUCGAACAACUCAUUGAAGAACAUGAUGCUGUAUUCUUAUUAACGGAUACUCGUGAAUCCAGAUGGUUACCAUCAUUGAUUGCGAUUCAAAAGAAGAAAAUUGUUAUUAAUGCUGCACUUGGAUUUGAGUCCUAUCUUGUGAUGAGAUAUGGAGUCUAUGACAUGAAGACUGAAAGUGUGAAGAAGGAUCGACUUGGAUGUUACUUUUGUAAUGAUGUCGUAGCACCUGUGAAUAGUAUGAAGGAUAGAACUCUCGAUCAACAAUGUACGGUGACUAGACCUGGUGUAAGUGCCAUUGCAGGAUCUCUUGCUGUGGAGCUGUUGGUUUCAUUGUUGCAUCAUCCUUUGAAAAACCAUGCAGGAGCUUUCAAUCCCAAACUUUUAUAUGAUUCACAACAACAACUCUUGAGCAAUCAGGACAAUAGCACACAAAGUGAUUUAGGUGUUAUACCUCACCAGAUUCGUGGAUCUAUUUCUAACUAUCAAACCAAUUUAUUGUAUGGAUCAUCCUAUUCUCAAUGUACAUGCUGCUCUCCUGUGGUUGUAAGUGGAUAUGAGAAAGAGGGUUACCACUUCUUGGAGAGAGUAUUCAAUGAUAGCAAGUAUUUGGAAGAAUUGACUGGGUUGAAAGAAUUGCAUGAAAAGACAUUGAAAAUGAUGGAAAAUAUGUUAUCCUUAGAUGAAGAUGACGAAGAAGAAGAAAUAAAAGAAGAUCAAUUGAGCAGCAACAAUGAGGACCAAGAGAAGAAUAAGCUAAACAACACCGACGAUGAUAAUGAUGGCUUUACUCUGUUAUAG